GCAUGGAAAGAAACCAGCUGCUUGAUUUGCUACGUCAUGGCCACUCUGGUACAGAUAUCAGUGGGUUACGAGAUAUCGCCCAAGAAGCGUCCGUUGAAGUAUGUGAGUUGUUGGAUCAUCUCGGCUAUAGUGAGGCCAUUGUUAGAUACCGGCGGGGUAAAUAUAAAGACUUUGACACGCAAAUGAACAGACUUAUGACAUUUACAUUGACUACUACUGGCAGUAAGGAGGAGGGACAGGCUGUAUUUACGCGACCGCGCCAUAUGUACACUACCAGAAGAUGCCUCCCAGAUAAUACCUGACACCAACACUGUAUUUAUCAUGGAAUCUAAUCACUGCCACCCUGGUUAUUACUUUUUGGAACUUAAACACAUUGACGUUGAUGUAGAUAACGUAAUUAAGGCAACUUUGUGUGUACAAAAGAAUAAAAGAACAUAUCUCUCUAGUAAAAAAUACACUAACAUAUUACUUAAAGCUACCGAUACCAAGGUCAUAUCAGGCCCAGCUGUUACAGUUUGCCAAAAAUACAAAAAUCUGACUCUGUCGUUGCAUUUCCGUGUAAUGGUCAAAGAUGGCUGCUCUCAGAGUGGAUCAACAGACCAAGGCUUUACAAAUGGCCGCCCCCUGAGUUGAUAGACGAAAUAGCAAAUUUACCAGCGUACCUCGUUCCUGUCGGGUGUAAAAACAGUAAAAGCAAAGACAUGGAGUGGAGAGUGUGCUUUGA